AUUCGAUCCAUCUCUACCUCUUCCCGCACCCCAAGACGAUAUCCGACAGUACUAUCAUCGCUACAUCUCGCUCUCCUCUAAUGGCAUCGAAGCUCGCUUGACUACGAUCGUCAACAUCAUCAUAAUACCCGCCGCCAGCUACGACCGCCUCUUGGCCUGCUAACAUGGCGAGGCCGUCACCUUCAGCAUCCUCCUCAUCAGCCUCGCCGCCUCCCUCGUCGUCGUCGAUGUCGACUCCCAAGCCUACUUUGAGACAACGACGAGCCGCUCGACUCUCAUUGUCAGGCCUCUUGUGGAAGCGCAAGGCUGCCAAUAAUCGACAAGAAGGCAACGGAGGAGCAUCGUCCACCUCGGCAUCCCUCUCACCUCUGCCACCCUCUGCUGAGCGGGAGCGCCGUCGCUUUUCGUCCUUUCUAUCGCCGCGAUCAGAGCCCUCGGAGGAGCUUGAUCCUCUCCUCGUAGCCACCUACUCUGAUCCGACCGCAGUAAAGGCCUUCGUCGAAGCACUUGCAGAGGAUCAGGGUCAUCAGGAGCCGCCACCCGCAUCGGCCUCGUCCUCAGCAAAUGCCUGGGCGAAGCUCGGCCUUCCCUCUCUGCGCUCCCCAACUGGCCCUACAUCACCGACGAACAAUAGCUCCGACGCUGUUCCGACGCAGACGAUCCCGACUCAGCCACCCAUCCGUCGCGUAGGCAAAAUCGCUGCCGUAUCCGACUUUGCCCCCGUCCGUGAGCGAACCACCAAAGACUCUGGCCGAAGGGAAGGCUUCGUCUACGCUCUUCUCCGAUGGCCUCUCCUCAUUUUCAUCUUCCUCACCAUCGGCCUUGAAUUCUUCGCCUACGUCCUCACGCGCCAAAUAGUGAAUGUCGUCGAGUGGCUCGUAGCUCAUCGCGGGCGUAAGGGCGUCUUGCGCCGCAAGAUGAGGAAGGCGACGGAGUUCGCACAGUGGACGGACACGGCGCUGGAGUUGGAUGAAUUCAUGGACCAUGAGAGGUGGAAGAGGCAGGACAGCUCAGGGAUGUAUGAUUGGAUCUUGGUCAAGAAAGUGCUCCACUCACUCAAAACGUUCAGAGAAUUGGGCGACGACAAUGAGUUGAUGGCUGUGCUCGACUUGUGUUGUAGGAACAACUUUGCGGGGACGGAGAACUUUCGCUUGUACAGCGAGACUUACUUUGGUACCAAGUACUUGAUUGAGGAAUACCUCAACGAAGUGGAGCGCGGUCUCGAAUACAUUACCAAGACGGACACCAUCACCGUAGAGCAGAAGCGCACCUUCUUCCGUGCCGUCUCAAAGAAUCUAGGGCGCUCAGGACUGUGCCUCUCCGGUGGCGGCUCAUUCGGCUACUACCACAUCGGUCUCGUCAAAGCACUCCUGGAUGCCGGCCUUCUGCCCAAGAUCGUUUCUGGCACCAGCGCCGGCGGUCUCAUCGCUGCUCUGACGUGUACGCGCACAGACGAGGAGCUUUCCCGUCUCCUUGUACCAGAGCUCGCCGACCGUAUCACCGCCUGCGAGGAGCCUUUGCGCAUCUGGGCGAAGCGAGCAUGGCAGACGGGUGCGCGCUUUGAUCCUGGUCAAUGGGCAGACAAGGCCGGCUUCUUCACCCUGGGCAGCCUCACAUUCAAGGAAGCCUACGAGCGUACGGGCAAGACAUUGAACGUAUCCGUCAUCCCGUCAGAGAGGAACAGCCCAGUCAAGCUGCUCAAUUACCUCACGGCACCACGCUGUGUCAUUUGGUCAGCCCUCCUGGCCUCGGCAGCCGUCCCUGGUCUGCUGCCGCCCGUCUGCUUGAUGCAGAAGACGAGAAAGGGGGAGUACGUGCCGUGGAACUGGGGUCAUCGCUUCAAAGAUGGAAGCUUGAGAGUGGACAUCCCGCUUCAAGAUUUGCACUCGAUGUUCCAUGUCAACUAUCCGAUUGUGUCGCAGGUUAACCCGCACGUUCAUCUCUUCUUCUUCGCCCCCACUGGCAACCCUGGUCGUCCGGUGGCUCACCGUCGCGGCAAAGGGUGGCGUGGCGGGUUCCUCCUCUCUGCCUCGGAGCACGUCCUCAAGCUGCACCUUGCCGUCAACUUCAAGAUCAUCCGCGAUCUAGAUCUUCUUCCCCGUCUCCUCGGAACAGAUUGGUCAGGCGUUUUCCUCCAACGAUUUGGCGGGGCCGUCACGAUCUAUCCGCGCUCCCGCAUCUGGGAUUUUGUGAGGAUUCUGAGCGAUCCGGACCGUACAGAGUUGGGAAGGAUGAUGAAGGUGGGACAGAGAGCUACCUGGCCCAAGCUGCAUAUGAUUGAGAAUCGUAUGAGGCUGGAGCGGGCCGUGGAGAGGGGGAGGAGGAGCUGUAGGCAGGAGUUGAGGCUCAAGCAGAGGCGCGAGCAGCAGGCGCAAAAUCAGCAGGCAGUCAGAGGCGCGUAUGCGAAUGCUGUCGCUCCUCCCAGUACGGCGGGCUCGUCCAACGCGGGAUGGGGCGAGCCUCACCAAGACAGCGGCACAGAUGCUUCUGGUCACGGAGGCGGAGGAGGGGCCUUCACGCCCGCCGCACCUUCGGAUACGGACGGUGAAGCGACCUACACUCUGCCCAGCGGCGAUUACUUCCAUCCGCGACUCGGAGCGGGCAAGAUGGGCUUUUCCGCCAUGACUCCCGGAAGUACCGCCUCUGGGCUCAACACACCAGCGGACGUCGGCAACGGCACAGGGCUUGGUGUCCGUGGAUCGGAGAGCAGCAUGCCCAAUACGCCCGGCGAGCUUCCACGUCAACUCCGUGCUCGCUCCGCCUACAUGGAGGAGGCAAGCGGGCGCGACGCGGAUGAGAUCGACGAGGACCUAGAGCAUGAUGCAGACGUGGACGCAGAUGAGACGAUGGUCUCUGGAGCUCAUGGUGCAGCAGGUGGGGAGACGGGGGCAGAUGAGUCGCUCACUGCGGGUGGGGAUCGGGCUACGGGCGGGCGGGAGGCAAGCACAAAUCAUGGGAUUGAACUGCUCGAGGCUAGGGGAGAAAGGCUGGCGGCGCAUGCUGACCAGGAAGAGGCCAAUGCGGCAAUGGGUGCUAGCCCGGCUCGCGGCGUGGCACUUACGGCUGCGGCCCUCUCGCCUAGCGUGGGCCACCGACACCAUCAUCGCGAAGGGAGCAGCAGUGGACAUCAUCCCAGGCGACGCUCGAGGCAGAACAGCAGCCAGGGCGGUGGGGUAGCAGCGGUAGUUGGCAACGAGCAUGGAGCUGCCACGCUGCCAGCCACGUCAUCGACCGAUAGCGUCGCCCCCCCGUCCUCCUCCCGCCCGCGACGCAAUUCAGCAUACCGCUUCCACCACACCCGCGGCGGCGCCCCGUCGUCUCCGUACGGCCCAGCUCACCCUCGGGACUGGAGCGGCGGGCGUGGAUCUAUUGGACCGCGUUCGCCCUGGGACAAUGAUGAAGACGAGGACGGCUUCGGUCCUGAAGAGGAUGAGAGCGACACGAGCUCCUCGGCGGGCAGUGCCUCUGAGGCUAGGUCACGAUGAGCGAUAUCCAGCACGAGGAGUCAUGCGAUAUACAUACUGUGUUACACUUUCGUCCCCCAUGACAUGAAUACACCUUCUGCAUCCUUCUCGCCCUC